AUGGCUCCUACUAAGAGGGGUGACGAAAAGAAGGACCAUUCUGUCGUCGACGAGGUAGUGACUAGAGAAUACACAAGCAGCAUUCACAAGCACAUCCAUGGAAUGGGUUUUGAGAAGUCUGCCUCUAAGGGACUCACAGACAUCCGUAAAUUUGCCAGGAAGGAGAUGGGAACUCCAGAUGUGUGCACUGACAUCAGGCUCAACAAAGUUGUCUGGCCCGAAGGAAUAAGGAAUGUUCCAUAGCAUAUCCAUAUGCGGUAGUCCAGAAAACGUACUGAGGAUGAAGAUUCACCAAACAAGCUGUACACGUUGGUUACCUAUGUACCUGUCACCACUUUCAAAAAUCUACAGAGAGUUAAUGUGGAUGAGAACUAAUUGCUGAUUGUCAAAUAAAGGUAUAAAACUGAAAAAAAA